CUCCCCGUCCGUGAGGCCGCAGAGACCGGCCAGGAGCACCGUAAGAGUGACUGUAGUGCCUGUGGUGACUGUGUUGUGAGCGGUGACUUGAAUGGUCGGAAGAGCCGAGACCUAGGAUAACCAUGAUCAAGAUAUCCGCACAGCCGGCACUACUACUGCUGCUGCUUUCCGGAAUAGUUUCAGCCGUUGUCAACGAAAGUCCGGCGGACUCCAACGUAUCUGCCUCAGAGACCGUCAAUCGUAGAGAAGCUCCUUUGAACCAUGGUCCACCAUCAGGCCCCAGUGGUAGCUAUGGCCCACCAGACCUUUCCUUCGGAGGCGGCCUUCCAGGUGACUCAUAUUUGCCUCCUCCUGAUUCUUCGGCUUUUGGUCCGAAGCCCGUCUAUGGACCACCGCAGCUAGGAGGAUCUUCUGGCCCAUCGGCACCUUCAGGUCCUUCAGACUCUUACCCACCAGCAGCGCCACUGAGCGCUUACGGACCUCCACCUUCUCCACCAAAGCCUCAGUAUGGACCUCCUCCACCGAAGCCAAAACCACAAUAUGGUCCCCCACCCAAACCCAAACCUAGUUAUGGACCUCCCAAGCCUUCUUUUGGGCCGCCACCACCGCCAUCAAACUCAUAUGGCCCUCCUCCGCCAAACCCAUUUGGUCCACCACCUAAACCUUCAGGGUCGUAUGGACCUCCUUUGGAUUCUUAUGGACCUCCUCCUCCACCACCGAAGCCAGCUUAUGGACCUCCAAAACCUUCAUAUGGACCACCUCCUAAACCACCUAAACCAUCCUAUGGACCUCCUCCCAAACCAUCCUACGGACCACCGAAACCAUCAUAUGGCCCACCUCCAAAGCCUUCUUACGGACCUCCUCCAAAACCUUCAUAUGGUCCACCUCCAACGUCUUAUGGACCUCCACCGGGACCACCUCCAAGUGUUUCAUAUGGUCCACCCAGCUCGUCAUAUGGACCUCCUCCUGCUGGACCUCCAAGACCAAGUGGAUCCUAUGGACCACCAGUUAUAGACAGCCCAAAGGGACCUCCCGGUGUUCCUGCUCCUCCAACGCCGCCAGAUAUAAGAUAUGAUGGUUGGCAACCAAUUCCUGGACUAACAGCACACCCUCCUCAAAACUCAAAUCCUAGUAACACAUACGGACCUCCUGAUUCUGGUGACCACGGGCAAGGUGAAAUUCAUGGGGGUAACAUUGAUUCUUCAUAUGGUGGCCCACCACCACCUCCACCAUCAGGAUCAUAUGGAGCUCCAACAGGUCUUGGCCACUCAGCAAGUGGGGGUGUAGAAAUUGGAUUAGGCGGAGGAAGUCUAGAUGUGUCAACUCAUGGUGAUUCUGGAGUACUGAUCAGCAUAUCUGGACACACAGAUACAGCGGACAUAGGUGGUGGUGGAGGUGGAUGCUGUGGACCUGCACCUCACUUCUCUGGCGGUAACAAUGAUGGGGGUGGCCUAACAGGAAUUGACAAUCUAGGGUCAAUUAGUGGAUCAUAUGGAGCUCCGCCAGAAAAUCCUUCUACAACAUACGGCGUACCCUUACCAGGUUCUGGAAUAUCUGGAAGUGGCUCAGCUAGUGGUGGAGGUUUCAAUGGUCCACCACCACCCCAAUCUUCAGGUGGUCAUUUUGGUACAUCUUCACUGGAUUCUAAUAGUCUUGCUCCUUCUAACGCCUAUGGCCCUCCACCAUCAGACGGAUAUGGGCCACCACCAUCAGAUUCAUACGGACCACCUCCUUCUGGUCCCUCUAUAGUUUCUGGUACUGGCUACGAUGGACCCCCUCCACCUCUUCCACCACCUCAGUUGCCCAAACCACCUCCAUCUUAUGGACCUCCAAAACCAAGCGGUUCAUACGGACCUCCAAGACCCAGUAGCUCUUAUGGGCCACCUAAAAAACCAAGUAAUUCCUAUGGACCCCCUAAACGACCUAGUGGCACAUAUGGUCCACCUAAGCCACCGCCACCCUCUUAUGGACCACCAAAACCAAUAAACAAUUAUGGACCACCAAAAUUGCCGAGCAGUGCUUAUGGACCACCUAAAAUUCCAAGCAACUCAUACGGUUCUCCAAAUCCUCCUUCAAAUUCUUACGGACCACCCAAACUUCCAAGCUCUUCCUAUGGACCUCCUAAAUCACUAAGUGGUAACUUUGGAUCUGUCAGUGACUCUUAUGGACCACCACCUUCAGGAAGUGGAGGCAAUGGAGUAUCCUACAGUGGACCGCCUCCACCACCAUCCUCUUCCUAUGGAGUACCAUCAUCUUCAUAUGGUGUCCCUCAGGCACCUAGCACAUCAUAUGGGGUUCCUGGAGCAGAUCAUUUUGGAGGAUCCAGUGGGCCAUUUGCUGAACCAGUUGGAUCCUUCGGUGGAACUAGUCACGGAGGUUCCAGUUUGUCUACAUCUUACGGAGUUCCAGGAGAUACACCUCCAGGGACAUUUGGGGUCCCAAUAAGUGGAUGCUGUGGAACACCCCCACCCAAUAUAGCCCCCCCUGAUCACCAUAUAAGCCAAUCAUAUGAAACUCCAAAAAGCGGAAAGAAUGUUGAUAUAUCAGCGUCAGGACUGUCUUAUGGAGUUCCAUCAGGUAAAACAGUUGAAGGACCAAAUCAUAUUCAACCGAAAGAACCCAUUAAGUUUGUUCAACCUGUCCCUACAGGAUUUCUGGAAGCAAUAGGUCAGUCUGUAGAAUACAAGAACACAGGAGUUGGACGUCCUUUCCAAGGAGGCACUUAUAUUCCACCAAGUGUUCCUGAAGCAGGAAAACCAGUAAAUGAAGAACAUGAAGAUAAUUAUAUACACGAUCAAGGACACCAGGGAGGAAGAGGUGGAGGAGACGAUUUCCAAAUUACACAAUCUCUUUCGGUUGACUUGUCACCGCCACCUAAUGGAGGUCAUCAAACAAUUGAUAGUUAUGGUUCUCAAACAAUAGCAGGUGGUAACAUAGCUCAAUCACUAGAUUCGAACAACCAAUUUGCAUUUUCAAAUUUUGGACAGAAUGGAGCUGUAGGAGUGAGCGGAACAGGAGGGGACACACAAGGACUGUCAACUGCUAUUAGUUAUCAGAACAAUAACUUACUGUCCGCAGGUGAUCACGCAGGUAAUGUUCCAGAAGUCAACCAGUUGAUAAAAUCCCUUGGACUUGAAGGAAACACAAUAACACAGUCUCAAUCAAUAGAUCUGGGAUCGCAACAGUUUCUUAACCCACAAGGAGGUCACUUUAUCACGCAAACGACCGGUAACGGUGUGCAGAAUAUUCCAAUCCAAGGAAACCACGGUAGCUACACUCUCCAGAUUCAGCCUGCUGGUGGAAUAGGUAGUACUGGUGAACAGUCUAUAGCUCACGAUCAGGUUCUGUCCAACGGCCUCUUACAAGAUAUUUUAGCAGCUAUCGAACAACAACAGCCUGGCCCCCAUCAACAAGGCUUGCAGCAACUAUACGGCCAAGUAGACCCUCUUCAACAUGCCGCUUCCAACUCAUUCUACCAGUACCAACAGGUAGCUGACAGUGACACUCAAGGGUCAUACAUAAGGGAACAAAUCGUCAAUUCUACGGAUACAAGAAGUAACUUUGGAACGGAAAACACAAAUUCGACAACGGAAACUCAAUCGCAAUAUGCAGAAUUAAGCGGUGAAUUAAGUGAUCAAGCUAAAUUUUCUCACUAUCUAACUCGGAAUGGUGUUGCGCUCUAUUACAAUAGUGAGCAUGGUAAGGACAAAAACCAAAACCAAUCUGUCACUGAAGAAAGUCAAAACGAAAGUCCAGAGAUUAAUCUUCUGGAUUCUGAACAACCAAAAGAAGAAGGAUCUUAUGUUGUCUUUAAAUCUCCCGAUGUCAAGUACAGGUACGGUGCUGUGUUUGACGAUAAUUCCGGAGAGAGCAACCAGGCGACGGAUACGAGCACAACACAAUCGACCGAAUCGAAGGAUGUGACGUGAGUUAAUAGAACCAAAGGAAGUAUCCCUGUUUACCCACAUACACUAUUUCAGUGCCUCACGUGUUCUUGCUUGCACCUUCAUCAUUCGUAAUUUUUUAUCAAAGCCAUGAUUGUGUUCAAGGCUGGGACAAUGCAGGAGAGAAAUGAUGAAGCUGCAACCAGAAGCGAAUGUAGGUAUGUGUGCUAGCAGUGAGAGACUCAAGUUCGCGCGGACCAUGACCCUCAAGUGAAAGUCGGACCGGCUUUGCGCGAUGCCCACGACACGAUCUGACACGUUUUUUAUCGAAAUAAAACACGACAUACACUUUAACAAUGUUCAAUCAGCUGAAAACUUCUCGGAAAAAUACUUUCCGCAACAAAUAAUUAAUUGUUUCAGUUGUUAGUGUUCCGAGUAAAAUUUUAUCCGUGAGUCAUCCUGACAGUAAAAAAGCCUACUGAGCACGUUUUGUGCGUAAAAUAUAUUGUUUACAUAGUAUAUGAAUAAUCUUUACAUAAAUAAAAACAGAACUAAUACUCAUUUAUUGACGCACAACUUCUAUAAAAGAGAUAUUAUUUAAGAAAGAUGUACCAAAUGAGCACUUGUAAGGAUUGCAAUUUAAAGUGUCAUAAGACAAUAUAUUCUUAAGUGAAAGUGAUAUUAUUUCAAAUACACAAGCAUACAUACAUUCUUCUUUUGAGAAUGAAUUUAUUUCAAAUCAUAAUUUAUUUUAUUGUGUGUUGUUCACAUCAUUUUAGUACCAUAUUUAUGAACUAUAUGUGCCAAUAAUUUAUUGUUUUGGAUUGUACUUAAUACUCAUUCUUAUUUACCAUGUACUUUAACUUCGAUCUAUGAACUAUGUAUAUAUUGCGUAUUGAAUAUUAUUUGUAUAUAAAAUCUGUAAAGAGAC